UAUGUCAGUUGACUGAGUAGUAAACUCAUAAACAAAUCAUAAUCAUUAUUAUUUGUGAAAACAUGUAUUAAUUUUUCACUAUUUUUUAUUAAUUUAUCAACAUAAAAUCAUGAGACUAAGUGUAGACGGGUUGCUUGUGUAUUUCCCUUACGACUACAUAUACCCAGAACAGUAUGCCUACAUGCAGGAACUCAAAAGGGCUUUGGAUGCCAAAGGCCAUUGUCUGCUGGAAAUGCCUUCAGGAACUGGGAAAACGAUUUCUUUGCUGUCCUUGAUUGUCGCUUACAUGGUCGCAAAUCCAUAUGAUGUGACCAAACUCAUAUACUGCUCUCGGACUGUUCCGGAAAUUGAGAAAGUAGUUGAAGAGUUGCGCAAACUGUUCGGCUACUAUGAACAAAAUGGUGACAAGUUAAAUAUGGUCGGCUUGGUGCUUAGCUCCAGGAAGAACAUGUGUAUUCAUCCUCAAGUCAGUAAGGAGAGAGAAGGCAAGGUAGUGGACGGGCGAUGUCACAGUCUCACCGCGUCCUAUGUGAGACAGCAGCACGAGGCAGACUCUAGUGUGCCAGUGUGCCAGUUCUACGAGGGCUUCGAUAGGUCCGGUCGUGAAGUGCCGCUUGCCCCGGGCGUCUACAGCCUGGAUGAUCUCAAGGAAUACGGCCGGGACAUGAACUACUGCCCUUACUUUGUGUCCCGAUUCGCUAUUAUGAGCGCCAGCAUUGUGGUGUACAGCUACCACUACUUGUUAGACCCAAAGAUUGCAGAUGUCGUAUCUAAGGAACUAACUAGAUCUGCUGUAGUGGUGUUUGACGAAGCACAUAACAUAGACAACGUAUGCAUUGACUCAAUGAGUGUCAAGAUCAAUAGACGAGUGAUGGAGAAGGCCAGUUCGAACAUUCAAGUGCUGGAGAAGACAAUUACUGAAAUGAAAGUAGUCGAUGAACAGAAGCUGAAAGACGAGUACGCCAGGUUAGUGGAGGGGUUGAGAGACGCAAGUGUAGCAAGAGAAACUGACGUUGUCCUAGCUAACCCUGUACUUCCCGACCAAAUACUCAAAGAGGUAGUCCCGGGCAAUAUCCGCACUGCUGAACACUUUGUGGCCUUCCUCAAGCGCUUCACAGAAUACCUCAAGACGAGACUGAGAGUGCAACAUGUUGUGCAAGAGUCGCCAGCGGGGUUCCUCAAGGAUGUUGCUGCACGAGUGUGCAUUGAACGGAAACCGCUGCGUUUUUGUGCUGAACGGUUGUCAUCCCUGCUUCGCACUCUGCAGAUCGCUGAUCAGACUGAUUUCUCACCUCUCUCCACUGUUGCCAACCUUGCUACUCUAGUCGCCACGUACACUCGGGGUUUCACGAUUAUCGUGGAACCAUUUGAUGAUAAAACACCCACUGUGUCUAAUCCCAUCAUGCAUUUCAGUUGCCUAGACUCAAGUAUUGCCAUCAAGCCUGUGUUUGAUAGGUUCCAGUCAGUUGUGAUUACCUCUGGCACCCUCUCGCCACUGGAGAUGUACCCCAAGAUCCUAGACUUCCACCCUGUCAUCAUGAGUUCCUUCACUAUGACUCUGGCCCGGCCCUGCAUACUGCCCAUGAUAGUGUCAAAAGGCAACGACCAAGUGGCAAUUUCCAGCAGGUUCGAGACGAGGGAGGAUGUCUCUGUCGUCCGCAACUACGGUCAGCUGUUAGUGGAGAUUAGUACCAUUGUACCUGACGGUGUCGUUUGCUUCUUUACUUCCUACUUGUACUUGGAGAGUGUUGUCGCCAGUUGGUAUGACCAAGGAGUCAUAGACCAGCUCCAACGACGAAAACUUUUGUUCAUAGAAACUCAGGAUUCAGCUGAGACCAGUUUAGCUCUUCUGAACUACAUUAAGGCCUGUGAGAGUGGCAGAGGUGCCGUGUUGCUGUCGGUCGCUCGAGGCAAGGUGUCGGAAGGUGUGGACUUUGACCACCAUCUCGGCCGAGCUGUACUCAUGUUGGGUAUCCCAUAUGUAUACACACAGUCGAGGAUACUACGGGCGCGUCUGGAGUACCUCAGGGAUCAGUUCCAGAUAAGAGAGAAUGACUUCUUGACAUUUGACGCCAUGAGACAUGCGGCUCAGUGCGUUGGGAGAGCUUUGAGAGGCAAGACUGACUACGGUAUCAUGAUAUUUGCUGAUAAGAGAUUUUCAAGGUCAGACAAACGGAGUAAGCUACCCAAGUGGAUUCAGGAACAUCUGAAAGACUCGUUGUGUAACCUGUCAACUGAAGAGGCUGUGCAGAUUGCCAAACGAUGGCUACGUCAAAUGGCUCAGCCUUUCAGUAGAGAAGACCAACUUGGCGUGUCGCUGCUUACACUUGAACAGCUUGAGAAGGAAGACUUGGAACGGAAAAACCGAAGAGUCGACACUAUCGAGAGAACAACUGUUGAAAGGAUGGUCAUCGAUGAUUGAAUCAGUUCAAUUGAAUAUUAGCAGAUAACAGUUUAUAAGGAACUUGCUUUACAUAAUCAAGUUUGACUUUUUUUGUUCGACGAGAUUCCAAGUUAAUUUGUAUGUGAAAGCAUAAUUAACUCCCUAAUACUUUGGGAGUUUAAUUCUUACCUAAGAUUCUAAACCAUUUAAUUAAUUAAUUAUUAAUUGAUUAAAUACCAUUAUUUAAUUCUUAACCAGUAGAAAUAUUGGCUGUGGAAAGUAUGAGUUUGUAGAUCUACAUACUUAAUAAAAAGACUAAAACUAAAGUUAUACGUCACUCAGAUAAAUAAUCUUUUAACAACUUUAAUUUUUAAUUUUUAAUAAAAUCAGAGUCAGUUCUCGUUAAACAAUUUAUUUUAGAACAAUCCAAAAGUGAAUUGGUCUAAAUCAUUGAUAGGUAAUAGGUAUAUAAAUCAUUUUGGAUUUAAAUUAAUGAAACAAUCAUUAUCAUUUUUAACCCAUUUUUCUUAUUUUUUAAUCAAAAUGAAUUGCUUUAUAAUUAAUUAUUGAUAAUGAUUGAAUGUGUUUUUAAGAUGUAUAUAGGUAGGUAGUCUGUUUC